UAGUUUAAAUUAAUGUCAACCUGUCUCCACGCCGGGAGAACAAACCUAGGAGAGAUAGUGAAAGUAAGUGCUCAGCGUAUCCUGCGAGCCGCGCUACACUAACUAAGAUGGCUCGGCGACCGAGAAACAGUGUUUACAGCAGCGAGGAGGAUGAGGAGGAGACUGAGAUGUAUGAGCAUGAUUAUGACGGAUCAAUUGCCAAGACGGGGAAACGCCACCUUGGCAAGACACGCUGGACACGAGAAGAGGAUGAGAAGUUGAAGAAACUGGUUGAGCUAAAUGGAUCAGAAGACUGGAAACUCAUUGCAAGCUUACUAACGAACCGUACAGAUGUGCAGUGUCAGCACAGGUGGCAGAAGGUUCUUAACCCAGAACUCAUCAAAGGACCAUGGACCAAAGAGGAAGACCAGAGGGUGAUUGAGUUGGUCCAGAAAUAUGGAGCCAAGCGCUGGUCUGUGAUCGCCAAGCACCUAAAGGGGCGCAUUGGAAAGCAGUGCCGGGAGCGCUGGCACAACCACCUGAACCCGGAGGUGAAGAAGACAUCCUGGACCGAGGAGGAGGACCGAAUUAUCUACCAGGCACACGAGAAGCUGGGCAACCGCUGGGCGGAGAUCGCUAAGCUGCUCCCUGGCAGGACCGACAAUGCUAUAAAGAACCACUGGAACUCCACUAUGAGGCGAAAGGUGGAGCAGGAGGGCUAUCUCCAGACAGCAGCCAAGAAUGGCAACUCCUCACACUCCAUCGGCCAUGGCUAUAUUAAGAAUAACAACCACAUCAUGGGUUUCCCUCAUCACUCGCCCAGCCAUGCACAGAUGCCUCCCUCAUCGUCACUCAACUACACAUACAUCACAGAAACACACCGAGUACCAUUGGCUUUCCAUUUGAACAUCAUGAACAUUCCCCAGCAUGGAACCGCUGCUAUACAGAGACACUAUAGCGAGGAGGACCCUGAGAAGGAGAAAAGGGUGAAAGAGAUCGAACUCCUGCUCAUGUCAACAGAAGACGAGCUGAGAGGCCAGCCUUCACUACCAAUGAAUUUGCCGUUUCCGAGCUGGGUCAGCCAUGGCUCUUUGACUGACAGCUCAGAGGGGAUGGGAAUGUUAUUACCUCAUCAUCAGGUCGGCGCUCCCGCUUUGCCUCUCGACCAAGGCUGCCUACCUGAGGAGAGCGCUUCCGCAACACGGGCCAACAGCAACAAUAACCGCAACAAUCACAACAACAGCAACAACCAUCACAGCAGCCAAACGUUCUCAAAUCCUAUUCCAGAGUUCAUGGAGUCUGUCAUUGAUUCAAGCCUCUCCUCAGUGGAUGAGGCCAGUACCGGUGGGCUCUCGGAUAAAAAUGCUCUCAGAACAGACAGGGUCUUACCCAUUCAGGGCUCAAGACCAGCUCAUAGAGUAUGGGAUGAUUUCUGUUCAACUGGCACCUGUCCAACCCCAAAGCCUUCAUCAGGCAGAAAACUUCCCUUUUCACCCUCGCAGUUUCUCAACCAGUCAAUGAGCUCCGAACACUCUGACAGUGACAGUGUGCGUAUGAGCUCGCCUGUGGACACUAAGCCUCUGAUUGAUCACAACGCCAGACCCCAGAAGGAGAAUGAAAUGUUCAGAACUCCAAACAUUCGUCGUUCGAUCCUGGAGUCGUCUCCUUGUACACCAACACCUUUCAGGUCAACCCUGGCCCUGCAGGAGGCCAAGUAUGGACCCCUCAAAUUACUGGAGCAGCAGAUGGUAGAUUCGAUCAAGCAGGAGCCGAUGGAGUGUGCUAUUGAGCAGCCUCCACUGAAAAAGAUCAAACAAGAGGUAGAGUCCCCAUGUGAGAGGAGCCCGUGUAUGCAGUGGGAAGGACAAGACCUCCACACACAGCUCUUCUCCCCAAACGGUCCUGCACAGGAAGUACCUGACCUUCUCACCAGCUCAAUGUUAAGUGAGGAUGGACACAAAGCCUACCACCCCUCAGGCAGAGGCAUGGGCAGCCCGCUACAGCAGCAGCUCAGUUCCUGGGAGCAGGUGACCUGUGGGAAAACAGAGGAGCACAUUCUGGGCUCUGAGCAAAGACACAAGUACAUCAACACUUACUCUACGAGGACGCUGGUCAUGUAGCCAGAGACACAUGUUGAUCCUGAAACAUCAACAGUCCCUGUGCUGGACACAGUGCAGCUGGAUACAUAUUUGUUGUGGUACAACAGUUGGGAGAGGCUCUAUGCCAUUUGGUGUUUAUACACUCACACUCGUUGGAUUUCAACCAACCAAAGACUAUAAUUUUUCCUUUUUUUUUUUUUUGAAAUCUUUUAUAUAGAAUCUGCUUUUGGUUUUUAGAAAUGUGCGUCCUAUCCCUUCUGGUCUUAUCAUUGUAUUAUUAUAAAUGUUUGUAUUAUAGACGGGAAAUGGUGGCUAUAUAAUUUCAGUGGGCUGUAUUAUUAAUUCUGAAUUUUGAUAUUAAUAUAAUGAACAAGUUGAUUAAUUUAUUUCUUUUGUUUUGAUAAUGUUUUUUUUGUUGGUGGUUUUCACAAUUGGCCAAUGGAGCAGUGUUCUAAGUUAAGUAUUUAAGCCCUAUUAGCAUUAUCAUGAAUCCAAAGGCAUAUUCAUUCAUUCAGAACUGACCUCUGUAUUUCAGUCAUGAAACGUUUCCAUAAUUUGUACGUUACUUAUGUUAAAGCUACACUGGGUCUACUGAGAUUUCAAGUGUUUGGUCUGUGCCACCUCAUGUAAACACUUAACCCCUGAUCAAGAGCUGUUGUGUUCUUGCAUCAAGUUUGACUAUGAAUUAACAUGUUUUACACAACAUAAGGUGUCAGCCUUAUUAGUAUUACCCAAUUACCACAUUGGCACCUUUUUUUCUAUAAAAAAUAGAGCUUUCAUUUCAACUAUUUUUUUCCUGGAAACAUUCAAUGAACAAACAUUAGAAUUGUAAGAAUUUAAGAAUAUAAGGUAUAUUUAUACAUUAAGAAAAGAUUAAAUGAGCUUUUAUGUCUGAACCAUGAGCUUCACCCAGUAAGAAGAAGACCAAGCUGCACUUGAAUAUUAUAUUCUCUAUAAAAAUGGAGAGUACUACACACUGAUAUUUUAUAUAUUUUGCUACAAACAAAAGCCCAAUUGAAACUUUUGUACAUUUGAUUGUUUUUGAUACAUUUCUAUGAAUAGUUUUCUACUGUUUUGUACUACAUACUCAAUCAGCAUUUUGUUUUCAUACUAAGACUGCAGUAGCCCAUGUCAAACACUUAGCAGCCAAUCUUUUUUUAUAAUGUCUUGUUUUUAUACUAGCUUUUGAGCAAAAAUGAUUUUAUAAAAGCAUUUAUACAUGC